UUCUCCAUUUAUCCGCUUCUUGCCCCUCUCUCUCCUCUCUCCUGAUGAACGACGCACUAAUCCUCUAAUCCGAGAUUAGGAGCCGAGGAAUCGAGGGCUGAGCUGAUUAGGGUCUUGCUGGAAGAGGCGGCUGAAUUGAGGGUGAGCACGCCAUGAUGGCGAACGCGAGGCUCCAGAAGCAGGCAUUGCUGCCGCCGCGGAGCCCGUUCCCGGCGGCGUCGCCGUCGCCGCAUGGCGAGCUCGGCCCGAUCGCGCGGCCGCGGGACGCGCCCCACCGGCACGGCCACCAGCGCACGUCGUCGGAGAGCGUCCUCAUCGACGAGCAGCCGUCGUGGCUGGACGACCUGCUCGACGAGCCCGAGGCGCCGGCGCGGCCGCACGGCCGCCCCGGGCACCGCAGGUCGUCCAGCGACUCCUUCACGCUGUUCGACGGCGGCAACACCGCCGCCGCCGCCGCGGCCGGCAUGUAUGACAAUGUGUUCGAUGGAAUGAGAGGAGGAAGAGGGCAUCAGGUUGGUUCUUGGGGCGGCGCGCCGGAGUUUUUCCCGGAGCAAGGCUCGUUUGGCCGGCCGCAAGGGCAGGGCCGGCCAUGGGAUUCCAGACAGAUGAUCCGGCAUGGCGGUGGCGGCGGAAUGCCGGUGCCGAUGAGGGAGAUGAAUGGUGGCCAUCUUGCUCCACCGAGCACAUUUGGUGAUCAUGGACAUGGUCCUUUGCCUAAUGGGGUGGACAGGAAAGGCCAUGGAGAUCCAGCUCAUGAUCAAAGGAUUGGAGCAGAGAGGAAAGAGGGUGCACAGCUAAGGCACUCCCAAUCUGAGGCAGACACCAAAAGAGCUAAACAGCAGUACGCUCAGAGGUCUCGUGUUAGAAAACUCCAAUAUAUUGCAGAGCUCGAGAGAAGAGUCCAAGCUUUACAGACAGAGGGUGUAGAAGUUUCUGCUGAGAUGGAUUUUCUUGGUCAACAAAAUAUCAUGUUAGACUUGGAGAAUAAAGCCUUGAAACAACGCCUUGAGAGUCUAACUCAGGAACACCUAAUUAAACGCUUCCAACAGGAGAUGUUUGAACGGGAAAUUGGUCGCCUCAGAUCAUUGUUUCAGCAACAGCAGCAUCCGCAGCAGAUACCACAGCAGCAGGCUCCUACCCACAGUCGCAGUAACAGCAGAGACCUGGAUUCACAAUUCGCAAACAUGUCUCUCAAACACGGCGAUCCCAGCCCAGGGCGUGAUGCUGUGCCAGGCCUACGCAUCUAAGAUUCUUUUUGCCCACCAGCUUAUGAUUCUGUGAGUUUCACAUAGCUUCGCUAUCCCGUCGUCAUACCACUAUUUGUGGCCAUUAGUUGCAUCAGGAGGGGAGCAGCGACGAUGAACCUGGAAUCACAUCCCAUGUUGAAUAGAGCUGGAAAGGCUAAAUAACCGUGGAUCCAAUUUUUAUUUCAUUUGGAAUGUGCACCUGACGGUCAUUCUCAUCUCAUAUCCAUUGCUGAUGCUGGACCAGUCGGAGGUGUUUAGGUUCUACCUGUAGGUUGAGGCUUUUCUCUAGUAUCAGUUUGAAACAAGGUUCUGAUUCAUUCAUUCAGUUCAGUCUUGUUUAUUUUGUUGUUACACGCCAAUGUGGUGCUUCUGUUAUAGUUUGGCAGCCGGCACACUAUGACAUGAACAGAAUGUGACAAGUGUUUGAGAUUCUGUUACAUUCUGGAGAACUGUAUGCAGCACAUUCAAUAAAAGCUUGGUGCUGAUGAAGCAUAUUGUAAUUCUCUGAUGUCUUUGAGCUGUGUAUUGAUAAUGAUAAAUGAUGGACCUCCUGUAAUGCCAAGUUGAGGUAAUUGGAAUGCAAUGGCAUCGCCGAUAGUGCACAUCGUGCUCAUA